AACACCGUGCGCCUCGAAACUCGCGGCGGUAGCAAGUAGCAGACUAAAACCUAACCCGGAGUUUGAAAACUCAGUAACGCUACACCCACCUUUAGUAUGUGACCAAACCUAAAGUUGUUAAUGGCAGAUUGCUAACGUGUAACCUGAUUUUUGGUGUGGUUUUUUUAUAUGUAAAAACGUUUGUCAUGCGUGGGUAAUCUUGUUUAUGGUGCGUAGUUUAAUUUUUAUUAUUAUUAUUAACUCCGGGAGCAUUAUGAUUGGACAACCAGUUAUCGUUAGCAGUAGCUAUAUAGCUUUCUGAGCGUUCACAGUGUUCUGAUAGGGACUUGUUGCAGUCAUUAGGGCAUAAAUAUUGUCGUCGUUUGAAAACGGUUUGCUGAAAUGGAUGUUUUAAGAGAAGAAGGGGUCCAUGAGCUGAAAUACAAACCGGGUGGCCGUUUGGACAUGAGCCACGGCUUCCUGCACCAUAUCCGGAGGAACCAGAUUGCUAGAGAUGACUAUGAUAAAGAAGUGAAGCAAGCCAAAGAGCUUCAGCGGCGGAGACAUACCACAACCCCUAGAAGACCCCGUCGACCUGAUAUGCAAGUGUACCAUCCCCGAAGAAGACAUGGUUCAGAGCCAGGGGCCGGUGCUGAUGCUGAAGAAAAUGAGAGUGGGUCAAGCACAGAGACUGACGGCAGUGGUACUGAACUCUUCUGGCUUGAAUAUGAGGCAGAUUCUGGUACCGUUACAUCCAUCCUUGUGCACAAGGAGGAUAAGCCUGAGAAGGUGGUAGAACGUGUUGCAGAGAAGAACAUCCUGGAUGCGGCCAUGAGGGCAGCUCUAAAGACUCGAAUUCGAAAGGAAAUUGACAAAAGGCGAGACAAACGCUGAGUAAUCAUCACAUUACAACCACCAAGGAGCUUCAGACAAAGAGGAGUAAUGCUUCAAUCGCUCCUCCAAAGCACUGUUGUGUGUUAAGGGUAUAAGAAGGAUCAUUUAGAGUGAUUGUCAGCAGAGAUCUAAUAUGGUGACUUGCAUUCAGGCCAUUUUUUUUGGAAGAAGGAACGGUGCAGAUUAUGGUUUGGAGUUGCUUUCAGGUUUAUUUAUUGCAAUUUCUAACCUUGGGACAGUUACAGUACGCCCUAAUUCACGUAUUGGGGACACAUUCAAGUUGACUGGACUUUUUAAAAUUAUGUUACUUUCUAAUAGUUACAUUCAGAAGGAGCAGGUACUCUUGAGCACAGAGCCCUAGAAAUGUGUGUCUUCUGUGUCCUGUGAUUCUUGUGUUUACAAAGAUCCUUUUUUAAUUGAGAUUUUAACUUUCUUUGUUUUUUGGUAAAGUGCUUUCAGAUGUACGUCAAUCUGUCAGCAAUCCCAUGUUUGGAAAUAAGGGAAAUUAGUUUGGAGUUGGAGAGUUUAGUA